GCGGCGACUGCCACCUGCCGGCCAAGGACGCAACUGCCGUCAGGCGGAGCAACACAUCGUUGGUCGCCGACUGGUCCAGGCUGAAGGAGGGCAGACAGGCGAGCAGAUGUGAAUCGGGCUACGACCAGAGAACAAGCUGUCGUCAAGACGGAGAGCCUUUCAUAACCGCUAAUAUGUGGCAACCAGCGUCUGAGCGACUGCAGCACUUUCAGAGCAUGCUGAAGACUAAGCUGAAUGUGCUGACGCUGAGAAAGGAGCCGUUGCCCACGGUGAUCUUCCAUGAGCCCGAGGCCAUUGAACUUUGCUCCACCACACCGCUUACAAAGAACAAAACCCAUGCUGGAUACAAGGUGACCUACCUGGGCAAGGUUACUAUUUCUGGGACCAACUUCUUGUCUGGCUGCACAGAGUCAGCAGUGGUUGGUCUGGUAGAGCAUCGUGCUCUCACUCAGCAGCAGGGUUCAUGCCCCCCUGGCAGCUCUCUACUGGAGAUACGGCCCUUCCAGGUACGUCUCCACCACCUGGAUGGGCACGGUGAGGCCUCAGUAACCAUGGACACCUACCAGGUGGCACGGAUUGCAUAUUGCACAGCCGAUCACAGUAUCCGACCCAACGUCUUUGCCUGGAUCUACCGGGAAAUCAACGAUGACCUGACCUUCCAGAUGGACUGCCACGCCGUGGAGUGUGAGAGCAAGCUGGAGGCGAAGAAGCUAGCGCACUCAAUGAUGGAGGCUUUCCGCAAGACUUUCCAUAGCAUGCGCUGCGAUGGCCGCAUCCACAAGAGUGGCUCUUCGGAUGAGUUUGCUGAGGAUUCAUCUACUCCAGAAGACUCAACCCCAGACGAUGGUUGAACCGACGCUGAUUGAAACUCCUGAUCCCCAUUCUUACAAAACAAGGGGUGAAGGGAAAGAUGGACAGAUUAGCUGCUAUCUCACAUUAUCCCCUUUUGCGUUCAUUCUGACCAUUAGCAGACGCUAAGAAUCAACUCAACUGGUAUAGUAAUACUUUAAAGAUUUAUAGUCCAAUGAAAAAGCUCCCUUUAGGUCUUUGUGGGUGAAGUCAUGCUGAAGAGAUUGUCCAGAUAUUCACAUUAGCAUUCUCCACAAGGGUCAGUCUUGCACCCAGCAGAGGCACUUGUCUGUGGUUGUUAAAGCUUUUCUAUCUAUGCAACCACAAACUACAAUGCCUGAUCUUCAGACCUGGUCUCAAGAAAGCCUAUUAUUACUCGGUAGGGACACAGCAGAAAUAGGCCUUUGACUAUUUUGGGCCGCAAUCCAGAGUUUAUAAGACUGUUGGAGCGCAUUGAUUCUAUGUGCUUGCAUAAUGACUAGAAAACCUUCAUCUUUGAUAAAAGCAAACAAGGGUACACCUGAGUAUCACCAUAUCAUCUUCAUGGUACCGUCUGCAGCUACCCCAAACUACAGGUAUUUACUCAUAUGGUACUUACAGUAGGUAUGUCAGUACAUGUAGGACAUCCAUAGAAACGUAGGUAGAUGUUCUCAAUAGGCUGAUAGCUGGAGCUUGUCUCUGAGAUGUUAAUCAUUUAUGUCUGAUUUUUGUUUUAAAAUACCAAAUUUCAGGCUUAACAGUGCCUGUCAGAUUAUGUGCCUCAAUUUCAUCUGCAUUUGUUUUGUCUAGGACCUGAUUAGUACAUGUGGCUGAAUGUGUGUGCCACCUUACUUUGUUUUAUCUCUGUGCUUAGAGAUGAUUGUGUACAAUACACAAGUGGUUGUAGCCUGUGUCAAGUAGAAAAGGAUAGAUGCAAGAGUAAAAUGAAAAGGAUACUGUGUGAACAGUUUGAGGUGAGGACUUCCAGCGGGCAGUCGAGCAAGGUACUGUGACAAAUUGUGGCCCUGUAUGAGUGUUACCAUGCAACCAACUGGCCUUCAGAGAUAACGGCUCAGGUCUCCAGGCCUCUGAAUGUUUGAAGAGUCCAAAAGACUGCUUCUUCACACCACAGUCCCCUACGAGUUCCUAAUGCCAUCAGAGAUGGCUCUAAUGGAGCGACAAAAGACAAAACGCCUGUUUAAAGCUACCCACCUUCGGGACUGACAGGCAUCAGAGCUGUAUGCUACUCUUCUUUUGUUGGGACUGUAUUGAACAGAAGAUCGGUGGAUUUGGUCCUCCCACCAUGGAUUUCAACAGAAUGAUAACAGAUUUGUUACACAUCCUCACAAGCACCCUGGAAACAGGACCUGGCUCAGGCAAGGCUCCCACAAACGGUUGGGUGAAUCAAGGCUAACAUGCACACACUCAGCCAGCCAUACAUCAAAUUCUUCAUACUGUAUGACAUGCACAUUGCAUUGAGCUCACACUUAAUAAGCUCAUGUAAAUAAAAUGUAUCACUUUCCAAAUAUUACAGCAUAAAUGUUGAUAAAUAUUUUAAAUAAAUAAAAGCUGAGAAAUAUUGUACGAUAAAGAAAGUGUUAUAAAGCCUACUGUGAAUCAUAAGUGGAGAGCCUGAUGUAAGUGGUUUGUGUGUGCGUGUGUGUGCGCGUGCGUGUGUGUUCGCCCGUGUUAGAUGAGAUUGAAUGGUUGGAAGAGAUGUGUGCAGAAUCGAGGGGGAGAGAACUAGACAUGUCUGAAAGCUCCGCUCUGCUUUAAAUGUUUAAAAAAAUGUUACCUAAGUGUUUUCUAUAGUGUCUGCAAAGAUCAAGAAACAGUUGCAUAUAAAGCAUUUACAAAGA